AUGAUCGCGGAAGACUGCGACAGGUUUCCGGUCGAUCAUGGGGAGGGGCUAGACGUGGCGCGGCAUUUGCGGCGAUGCGCAAUUCAGGAUGCGGUCCGUGCACCAGUGGCGGUGGACAAUGCGAGCUGCAUUGAGGAUCUCUGGCAUGCGACUAUCGCAGGGCUACGGGAAUGGCUGACAGCACGGGGGUUGGCGGAGCAGGCGAAAGCUUCUUUGAAAGAGGCUUUGAAAGGUGGUGCGGAUGGGGGGGGGGGGUGUAGUACGGUGGAGGUGCCUGUGAAUUAUGGUGAGGUGCCGGGUGCUUCUGAUGCUGAUGCGCGGGAGCGGGACGAGGGAGCCGAGCGGCCCGCCGUGGACGUGCCAACACGGGAGGAGUGGAACGUUGACGUGCAGUGGGAGGACAUGGAGGAGCUAUGGAGUUAUGAUGUGCACCCGACGCAGGGUGCGCGACCGGCAUCUUUGGCGAGCACCCUCAUCAUGCUUGCGCACGCGGGCGCGAACGGAAACUCCCAUUUCAUCGGUGGAUCCACUCCUUGGCCCAGCCUAGACACUGGGACCGAUGCGCUUGAUGGAGGCGGAGCUGAUACCGAAGUGCAGAACCCGAAUGCGUUCAGCGAGCCCGAGACACUACCUCGGUGGACUGGUCGCCGAAAGCGUAAACGAGGUGAAGACCAGAUCGAUUCUGGCAAGGAAGAACAAACUGUGGCACAACGCUUAUCCUCCCAUUUCUAUCACGUGAUGAUGCGAUGUGGUGCGAUGAAGAAAGAGGGGCAUCCUAUGACCCCUGCUGACGUGGCGAGGGAGCUUGGGAGCCCACCCAACCACUGGGCAGGUGACCACUCCGGAUGUGGUGGGGUAGGAGAUACCCCACCUCGCUGCGUCAGAGAGGGGUGGGGCAAGGACCAUGCCAUUUACGAGUUUGGGUCAUCGACACACAAGGCGGUUCGUGAGUGGUUCUCCAAGCACUUAAGCCCUGAGAAGGUGGAAUCGUUUGUGCAUGGUGCAUCGAGUUCACUCAACGAGUCGUUUCAUUCUUUGAUCAUCAAGUACGCACCAAAGCGGAUCAGGUUUCAGGGCAGUUUUCCGGCACGAGUCGGUCUCGCGGUUCUUCAUUGGAAUCACGGCAUGGAUCGUCUGGUGACCGCAUAUCGCACGAGAGUCCGGCAGGUGAUGAGGAUCCGACGCGGAUCCAAGGAGCGCAUCUUGACCCCGAUGGAUUGGGGCUGGGUUGAUCGCAUCAUGGGAGAAUGGCAACGAUCACUGCGAUUUGGAGAUAGUGUAGAUGUUGAAGGGACGCCGGACACCUCAGCGACGCCUGCGCAACCGGUCGAGGCUUCGAUCGCACGACCCACGGCAUCCGUACUGCAGCCCGAGACACCAGUGCGCCAAGGCGGGAUGGGGCGUCGAGAGUGCGGCACGUCUCGUGGAUCCGCACGCCGUCGUUUGGGUAAGCAGCGGGGGCGCAAAGUGAAUGGUGUCAUUGAAUCGGUACAUGGCUCUUAG